GGAGGAGGUUUCCCGCUUGCCCGGCGCUUCCAGCUGCCCUUGGGCUCGAGAGCGCGCCCCGGAGUCGGGAAGCGGGAGGAAGGGGGGCGAGCGAGCCGGCGAGGCCAUGGGUGCCGCCUGAGCGGCGAAGUGUGACGGGGGCGUGCGGGGGGCUCCGGCCGGCCCUCUCCCUCCUCGGCCCGGCGCCGCCAUGGUGAAGGAGGAGUGCAAAGCGCUGCUGGACGCCCUGAGCAAAGUGACCGCCUGCUACCGGCACCUGGUGCUGACCAUCGGGGGCACCUCGGACUCGCAGAACCUGCGCGAGGAGCUGAAGAAGACCCGGCAGAAAGCCCAGGAGCUGGCCGUGGCCAGCCGCAACAAGCUCACCGCGGCCCUGAGGGACAAGGCGGUGGGCAAAGAGGACAAGGCGGAGUUCGAGAGGCUCUGGGUGAUCUUCUCCACCUGCCUGGAGAUCCUGGAGACCGACAUGAGGCGGGCGCUAGAGCUGGGCCACGAGUUCCCGCUCAAUGUGCCCAAGAAGCCGCUCAUCCAGACGGGCAUGAGCGGCGGCACCUCCGCGGUCGCCGCCCGGGCCAUGAGCGCCCAGAACAUGAAGUACGAGGCGGACACCAACAUCGAUGUGGUGGACCUCAAGGACUUGGAGAACGAGAUCAAUCAGGUGGGGGAGAUGAUGUACGAGAUGGAGAUGAAAGUCAGUGUCCCGCAGUGGACGGUGGAGGCGAAGCAGGACCCUGGAGCGGAGCUGAAGUCCACCAUUAGCGUGGGCGCCUCUUCCAUCGGCAUGAUUUCGGUGGAGGAGAACAAGUCCUUUUGCGAUGUUAGCAAAGUGCUCGCAGGCAUCAUAUUUACUGCUGUGCUCCUCAUCGCCAUCAUUCUGGCUGUCUGUGUAGCAAAACUCUCCUAACGUCGGGCAUGCUGGACAUAAGGCUUCCCCUGCCCACCUGGAGAGCUACAGGCAAGAGAGGUCUCAUGGCCAGAGUAUGGGUCUCUAAGCAAUGGGAAAAUAUUUAACACUGGAUCUCUGGAAUGGAGACACCAGUCUGUUUGGGAUCCCCAACAGCAGGGAUAUGUGAUAUUCUAGAUGUAAAGUCCAUCCAAGGUACAUCUACAGUAUUUGUGGAAAAAGAAAGAUAUUAUGUGUCUAUUUGCUUGGCCUGUCACAGUUAAUACAAAGGUAUUACAACUACCAUAGGGAUUUAACCGCUAUUUAUAGAUGACUGUUCUCUGUAAUCGGAAGCAAAUAUUGUUUGUAAAUAGACUCUGGUGAUAGUCUGUGUUUACAAGUGGGUUACAAAUUGCACAUGAUUUGGCAGUGGGAGUGGAGUAGGUGACAAAAUGAAGAAAACUGAGAAUUACUAAUUUCAGACAAAAAAGAUACUGUGUUUGCAGCAAAUCAUUUGUUUUCUCUCUCUAAACCAUGUUUUACUUUUUUUAAAUACCCCCGAGUUAGACCUGAAAGCUUGUGCUUUAUUUUUUGGAUCAAAUGUUACAAAGACCCAAACAUUUAGGAUUUGUGUGUAUGUGGAAGAUUUCAUUGCACUUUUUUUUGGCAUGGCAUGCAGUGUCAAAGGCAAUCCAAAUCUGCAGAAGACAGAUUAAGCACCAUUUACAGAGAUCUCUUAAGAAGCCCCGUUUUUAAUUCAAGGUUGCAUAAGAUAUUCUACCACUUGUAUUUUGCAGGGACAGACUUCUUGACAGUUCAGGUUCUUAAUUCCAUGCCACUCAAGUUUAAAGACUAUAUAUAAUGCCCCCUCCCUCUCCUAUCUCUGACUUGCUUCCAAGUAUGUGUGCAUGAUUUACCUCCUUGAAGUCAAUUAUGGUUGAAACCUGUAUUUCCCUACUGAACUAAGAUUUUGAAUUGUGGAUAAAUAUGAUUUCUAAUCUUCAUGUUCUGUGCACUGAAAGUGAACAGUGGGAUUAAACUUGGUAGAAGGAAUUCGUCCAGAGUUAAAUAGGAUUUAUUCCCUACUAAGUAAGAUUCUCUCUUUGGGCCCUUGCUGGUUUUAAGUUUUUUCUUUCUCCCCAGAAUUGGUACCCAAGAUGGCUACAAUCAUAAGCAGACUCGUAAUUAUUUCCUCUUAGUUUGGUGGGGCUUCUUUCCAUUUAAUGAGUCAAAGUUGAAGCAUCAGUGUGGCCCGUAUCUUUUUUGUUUAUUGUGCAACACUGUAACAGGAUAUUAAAUAUAAUGUUGGAACACUUGAAACUGCUGUACAGUGAGACAGAUUACUGGGCCAUUUUAGCUCAAAAUUAUUGACUUUACUGACAGCAAUUCACCAGGUGUUUCAGAUAGAAGAUGCCAGGGGCUGAACUAUUUUGAUUUGAUGCUUCAAGUAGGAGACCUGAUCUCACGUUGACACUCUGAAGUUUACACACGUGCAUCUCCUAUUACUGUUAAUGGGAUUUAGAUAUUUACCUGCAGGAAUCAAGAAGAUUAGAAUCAAUCUUAUAAUCUUUAACAUGUCCAAGUGCUAGCACUAAUGUGACUUGGUUGGACCUAUAGCUGAUACAAGGGCCAUGAAAGGUGAGAACAGAGUGGUAUAUAAACGUAGAAUUUGAGCUUUAUAUGAGAAAAAAUAAUUUUUUCAUAGGUUUUUUUAAAAGAAUUAUCAGCAUCCAACACAAAUAUUGGUCAGUAUCCUGUUGGUAGUUGACACUUAAAUAAAUCCCAGAAUCUGUGGAUCUAUUCUUAUUGGAACUAGAAUAGGAUACUUGCUAUUAUCUCUUUAAGAUGUGUCAUUUAUUCAGUUUAUAACAUACAGAUUAUAUAAUUAUGUUCUCUAAAAGGGGAUUCAUCAAACACAUGAGGAAUGUCUCUCUUCUUUCUAAGCAAAGCCCUUCAUAGAUUAUAAGACUUGAAAUUUUGUAACAGUAACUUGUCAAUUAAUGUACAGUUAUAUUGUGAAAAGCUAGUGCCACUGCCAAACCAUGUAGACUCAUGGCAGGGAGCUCUUGGGAGUUAAGGAGCCAGAUUGCAUCUCCACUCUGGAAUAGUUUGGCAGGCUGGCUUACAUCAGGGCACAGUUCCUCCAGGGCUCUCCCUAGUCCACUGUUUUCCAACCUGGGGGUCAUGACUCUCAAGGGUCAUGUGCUUUCUGGUGAAUCAUGGGGUCACCUCAUGUGUUUUGUAGCCCUUGUUAAAUAAGUUCUUCCUUGACCUUUCAGACAGGAUAUUAAAGUUAGCAUGUAUGUAUAUGUAUGAGAAACAGGCCUCUACUUUCUGAGAAGGGGUGACUUUACUCCAUUAAAAUGCCUUUUUAAUACAAACAUGGCAGGGGUUUGAGUCACAGAUUACUUAGCUAUUAUAAAGGGGGAUUGUAAAUUUAAAAAAAAAUUAGGAAACACUGGUCUAAACAGUAUCAAUUUUGAUGGUCCAAUGGUCUGAGAGUAUAGGAUAGUUAAUUAGAUUUUGAUCAAGCAAAUAGCUCAAGAGCAGCUGCACUGCCACAGGGUUAACAAGAAAUUACUGUACAGUUAAGUGGGAAAAUCUCAUAACUUGACACUAAAGCAUAUUAACUUGAAAGUAAAGAAACAAACUAUUACCUAUUCAUCAAUGUCUUGAAUUUAACCAAUUGCUCCUUCUUAACCAUAUUAUUUGGAAGUAAACUUCAUUCAUGUCAAUGGAAUUUCCAGUCUGUUCAGAAUUGUUAUGAAGCUUCCUUCCAAGUGGAUUAUGUACAGACCAGUCCUAUCUGUGUUUUCACAGAAGUUUCUAUUGGGUUCAGUGGAUGCUGGUGAUCUUAAGAAUACUUGGAAGUCACAAAGAAAUAGAUUUCCAACUAUGCAUCAGACUGUGCUUUGUGGGAAUAAGCCCCCGCUGUUCAUACCUUGAAUUUAAUAUCUGUGUCAACUUGCGUACAAAUGGAGGUCCCAGUGAAAAUAUAAUAAUAAUUUUAGAAUUGCAGAACUGGAAGGGACUCUAUGGAUCGCAGAGUCCAGCCCCUGUCUAGG